AUGCCCAUUAUCUACGAGAGCGCUGAAAAUGGAAAAGAAAACAAAGCCCCACAAAAAAUCAAAGUAAUUCAAGUUUGCCUAUGGGGACUAAAGCCAUACAACUACGGAAAACUCGGCAAGGAAAUUCUUUUGAUUAACGCGAGAGAGGAGAGCCUACAAUCGAAGAAGUCGUUCAACGUGCUAAUCAAUAAGAAUCGAUGCGCCGUUGUGGUUAACGGCUACUUCGAAUGGAUGUACAUCAAGGGCUCCUCAAAAAGAAUCCCAUAUUUUGUAUUUUUUGGAAAGGAUGACGAUUCUUCUGAUGAAAUAACCGAAGGAAAACUCGAAACGAAUAUUGAGAAAUUAGCUGUGGAAAAAACAGAAGAAAAGAGCGAAGAAAAAAUUAUCCCCAGAAUAAAGGAAAACAGAGUGACCAUUAGAAUUAGGGUAAAGAAAGAAAUAGAGUCGGAUGAAAACAAAAAAGGCGAGAUUAAGAAGGAAGAGAAAGAAGAAGAGGAAGUAAAGGAGGAAGAAGAAGAAGAGUCCCCGAGCAAUGAAGAAGAAUCGGCGAUAAAUUAUGAAAAAAUCGAAUGUCCCAUUUUUUUUUUUGCAGAUCUGGAGGAAGAUGACGAAGAGGAGAAGUCCCAUGUAAUAAUUGCAGGCCUUUACAGCAUCUCGAAGACGGACAAAAAGGAUUGCAGAUACACCAUAAUCACAACCGCUUGCGAGAAUGCCACCCUGAGAGACAUCAACGACAGAUGCCCCCUUUUGCUGAGCGAAAACACCCUAAACUUGUGGCUGGACGUGGAGAAAAAAUACGAAGACAUUAUAGAAAGUAUCAAGGAGGAGCACCAAGUUGUUUUGAACACCUUGAAGUAUAGGGAAGUUAAGAGCUGGACUGAUUAUGCAAAAAAAUCGAAAAGGGCCAAGAAAGCCGCUAAGGUAGCCAUUGCAAAGCAGGCAAAGAAAUAA